AAAGGCGUCACCCAUUUGCUCUGCACACUGAGCAGAAUCACUUCCAGACCUGAUACUGACUCUCACAAAAACAGGACACUCAAAACUGAAUGACUUUGGAGACCAGGAACACACACAAGGACUGAGAGAAUUUAAAACCUGAAGGAGGAAUACGACUGAAGACGCUGAAGAAACUUGUUUGGCAGGUUUUUUUCCUUGUGAUUGUUGGGUGAGACUCCACGUGUGAAGUGAUUGCCUUGUUAGUUUAGAGAAGAUAACUUUGCUCUUUGUGUUGAGCUUGUAAUUAAUAUUUACUCAUGUCUCAGCUAGAGUAUUUGACUGCUCCGAUGACAAACCAAACUUACCAACAUAUUGAGGACUGCGAGGCCUCAAACAGGGCACUGUAUAAAUUCUAUGCAGCUGUCAUGAUUGUGAUAUUCAUUCUGGCUUUGCCUCUGAAUGCAUCUGUCAUCCACCUCUUCAUAUUCAAGCUGAAAUUCUGGAAAUCCAACAGCAACAACAUCUUCCUUUUCAAUCUGGUGUUGGCUGACAUCCUCCUGCUCUUCUGUUUGCCCAUAAAGGCGAAUAACUAUAUCCAUGGGGAGAGGAGAAGUGAGAAUGACACCGUUUGCAAAGCAAUGCUCUUCAUGUUGUUUUUAAACCGAGGAGCUAGCAUUGCCUUUCUGACAGUGACUUCCAUUGAUCGAUAUUUUAACGUGGUACACCCUGGUCGAAAGAAUCUCCUGCGAGCUCUGAAGAAAUCUCCUCACAUCUCGAUCCUCAUCUGGCUGCUUCUCCUACCUCUUACUAUUCCUACCAUGCUCAAGAACUUCGACUGCUGCAACAGCCACAGCCGUAAUGAAGAUGACAAAAAAGAGGAUGCCUUGAUUAAGGAUGUGGUGGACAGUUUGCGAGAAGUGGUCUUCUUUACCCAGAUUCUCAUCCCCUUCGUCAUCCUGGUCUACUGCACAGUGCACAUUGUCAACCGGCUCAGAAAAAAAACAGUCGGGGAUACGACCAAGCUGAGGAGAGCUGUCAUUCUAGUGACCUCUGUCAUGGUGGUCUUUUCCCUCUGCUUCCUCCCUUGCACCAUAGCCAGGAUGGUUCUGCUGAUAGCGCGGGUCCAAGAGUGGCCAGAGGCCAUGGAGGAUAAAGCUGCUGUGGCCUUUGACGGCCUCAUGGUCCUCUCCUACAUGGACUGUCUGCUGGAUCCACUAGUGUACUGCUUCUGCAGCACCAAGUUUAAAGCUCUUUACCUCAACAAUUAUUUCCCGUUUUUAGUAAAAGAAGUUCCGGUGCCAUUAGAAAGUUCAACAGGGAACACAUCGCAACCUCGACGAAAUAAUGUCAUUUAAAAUUCAUGGAAAACAGAGGCUGUCUCUCUGUGUGGUGACACCUGACCCACCUAAAAGAAUUCUGCCUGAGACUGACUUGUCCCAAAAAUGUACAUACUUUAUGAAAGGGGACUCUGAAGGUAAUCUCAAUAAACAGAUAUCUGUAUAUGUAUAAAGAAUCUGGAGGCAACAGCACAAAAUGUUGGUAUUGGAAGGGCUCUGAUUUCCGUUUGUACCACGUUGGAGUGGGCUUUGGUUGCCUGCAGGUGAACAGUCUAUGUUGAGAGUAUAAGAAGCUGAGGGCACUGGCCAAAAUGCAAUCUCAGAACCCACUGGCUAUCGUAUCCUAUUUUUUUUUAGCUUUUUUUGUAAAUGUAUCUGCAUUCAUACUGUAUGUAGAUAUCUGACUAUAAAGAUUCAUCCAAAUGUCCAUCCAACUCCAUUCUCGCAUCUCAAGUUGCUAAUCAAACUGUCAACAUGGCCGGAGCAUGCAGGAGGAAGUGCUGGCCUAGAUCUCUGUUAUCUAGAUAUCUGCUGGCUGCAUGGGAACCCCCAAAAUACUUGCUGUUGGCCCCAGAGGCUAAAUCUUCAUCAGACCAAUAGCUUGUGGGUUCUGAGAUUGCUCUGAAUGUAAAGUGGGCUAUGAAGACAAUACCUACAGUAAUUAUUUAAGUUUCUAUUUGUAUUGAUUCUAAAACAGAAAUAAUAUGGAGGCCGAGAUGUAAAUAGGAAGUGCAGUUACAGAUCUUCCAAAGUGCGUCAUGUGUUAUUCAGCAUUGUGGCUAUACUGUAGUGGUAAGUCAACAUAUAGUCUCCUACUAAUCUAGAAUAUAUUAAUGUUGGUGGAUUUUCAGUAAAACAUAAGGCUUUUUUUUUAAAGAGGAAUGCUCCUCAGCCAAAGUAUGCACAUCUGUAUUUCUUUCUUUCUUGGACAGCGAGUAGUUAUGACCAUUGAACAUUCCUUUCAAGUGUUUCAAGUGCGAAAAAAGAACAGAAUGUGAUCCUUGAAAUCAUACCAAUCUCACACAACCUUUAUCUGAGCUUCCUCAGCCUGAAAGCAUUAGUGUUUAAUGUUUAAUCAAUUAUAGUUAAAAAUAUAUAUAAAACCAUGUCCUCAUAAAUGUUUAAAUCUAGUCAAAUACAUUCCCUAUGAAGCUGUAAAUGGGGAGAAGUUCCAAACUAAGGGAACCAAUAUUUCUUUUGACAGAAGUCAGAGACAGUAUUCACAAACAUGGACUCUUUUAGCAGUAUCAAAUGUGUGCAUGGUACUGAGCCCCAAAUAGGCAGAUAUUAGGCCAUGGUCAGCCCCCUAUUGCAUAAUAUUUAAGGCCAAUAUGGGGGAGCUGAUCAUUAAUGCUGAUUUACUAUAGAUUUUAAUAACUGUUUAUACUGUAUGUAGAGAAUAAUGGGUUUAAUUAUACUGUACAAUAUGUUUUGUCUGGGUGAUUUAAAGAUUCCACAUUGACAACCAUUAAUCCAGUACACAAAUGAAUCAAACAUGUAGCGUUUCUCUCACAACAUAAAUCAUCAAUCAUGUCUUUAAUCAGAACAAACAAUACUUCCCAUAAGUCAUCUGGGUGAUCUCACUCAGUUUGGUGAUGUCAUCACUAGUAACAGUACAGUGAGUGAGGUUAUGUCUGCUGUUGCUGUCUGGCUAUAGAUAGAUCGCUUACUCAUUUAAGGAGUCAACUGGCUCGGGGUCUGACGACUCUGGGGCUUAGCUUUAAAGUAAAUGUUACUCAUCUGUGUGUUAAAGAUGCAUCACUGUGUAUCACAAAAUUGCAUAAAACUGUGAUUGCUUUGUAUUUGUCACAGCUUCGUUUGACAUAGUGACAGACUACAACAAUACAAUGAGCCAUUUGUGCUGUGGGACAAUAUUGAACUUCCUUUUUCCAAGUUGAACUCAUCAUAAAAUCUAAGUGUGUUUUAUUUGUUAAGACAAGUUUGUCAAAACAAGUGUGAUUUAACUUUAUCAUAAAAAAGUAGUGCUGACAUUGUACUUUCAUAGCAUGUAGCACUUAUGAACAGUAACCCACCACAACAAUUCAUUUUCUAUGUUUCUGUUCUGUCUUGUAUUUAAUGAAUCGCAGUCGAGUUGCAAGUAUUUUUGAUUUUACCAAGUAGGGUCUAAGGUCAUCACAUUUGAGACUCGAGUCCAAGCCAUGUGACACAGGUCCACACCUCUGCUGUACACACAACCUGUUUGGCUUUGCAAAUGUUACAUCUGCACAACUGACAAUGAGUUAACUCUAAGUGAAUGAAAACAAGGUAAAUAUUUACAGAGUAAACAGAGUAAUGUGUCUUAAGGUCAUGAAUAGUGUGAACAGAGUUUGUCUGUCAAUACAUACGCUUCAUUCUUGUUUGUAAUAUUUUAUCCACAGUAACUAAGUAUGUUUGUACCAAUUGGCCAAAUAACAAGUAGGACACAAUGUAUUUUUGGUUUUUUUUUGCGCUCGGAUACCUCUUCUUUACUGUCACUAAUUGUUAAACUAAAAAAAAAAACAGCUUUAACCACCAACAUCUACAAAGCGAGAUAUGUGUGCUAAAGUUCAUUGAUAGUUUCUUUUAAAAUUUGGGACGCAGGUGUUUAAUGGCUCAAGCACUUGCGAGUAAUGACAAGUCAUCCUGACAUGAAUGCAGCAUUAGUGCACCUGUAUAAAUAAUUGUGUUUUUGUUGCAAAUGGAAAUAGAUACUGAUAAUACUACUGACGUUAACUUUUAGGUUUAUAUGCCCCUAUGAAAAACAUUUAAUAUAAAAGAAGUGCAUCUGAGUGCAUCUUCCGAAUUCAUAUGAUAAUUAUAUGUAAUACAUUUACAUGAGUUCCAAUAACUAUGGUUUAAACAUGUUAUAGGUUGGGGUUUUUAUUAAAAGAGUUCCAAUAAAUGCUUUAAAGUCAUACCCUCCACCAUCACUCAACUAUCUAAAGUUGUCGACAGGAAUGUUUGAUCUUUGGUAAGAGAAAUGUGUAGCAGAUCAAAGAUUACAUUCAGAGAUGGACACAACUAAACAUUUCAUGACUCAAUUUUACAAGGGGCAUUGUGUAAAUAUUUGUCCUUUUUGUGUUUUUACUACUGGUGUAAUAUGUAAAUGUAUAAAUAUACUUUUAUCUUUGAGUACA